AUGGUCAACUCAAAGAAUGUACGUUUCCUUCCAGUUGACCCACGGCAGGCCCAUUGCAAGAACGUCGAGCAAGGAACACUGACGCACCAUCAGGAAAAUGUCAAUCCGCAAUCGAAUGUCAGCGCAUCUAGCAACAUGAGCGCUCAAGACAUAGCGAGCAUGACAGAACUCAUGUCACACGCCCUCGAGAGCCUGGAGAUGCGCGGCGUCCCCGAACACACCAAAACUGCGGAGGAAUACCAGGCGCUACUGAAGAAGAAAGAAGAGCUCAUGGACUUGUAUAAUGGAGUCUCACAGAAGCUUAGCUUCACACAACAAAGGCGCGAGGGGGAAUCGCAAGCCCGAACACUCGAAACAGUCGAUGUACUUGGAACGGGAUACACAAAGUUGCUCAGGGGCAUUGAGUCUGUCCUGGCACGAGUCAUUGUGUGGAUUGAGGAGUAUGAACACGACAACGGGAUCAACACUGGCGUCUCGGAAAUCCAAUCUGCGCGUAAGGCCUGA